UGAAUCGUUUUAUAACCAAACACAGCUGCCGCGCCAGUGUAUGUGUGCGUGCGUGACAGUGUGUAUGUGUGUGUUCAUCCGUAUGUGGAAGAGGGAGAGAGAGUGAGGGUAUCUGUUUGCUUCCCUUUCCAAAACGGAAAGAAAGAAAAAAGUUUGUUCGUCUUUUUCUCCCAGUAACUUUUUUUAGGCAUGAACGCCGAGACGUGCGUCUCAUACUGCGAUAUGACAUCCAUGGAUUCAUAUUAUAGCCCCUCUGCACCGCAAGGUAGGGAUCAUCCGACGAACCCGUUUAGGACAUACCAAGUAAGUGACACCAAAUACAGCCCCACUUUCCUGCCAAACAAAGGUCAGGCUUACGGAGAAAAGUCUCGGAGCCCAUUCCAACAGGAGUGUCAGUCAUUGGAUGCCACCGCUGGAGAAGGCACCUUUAACAAAUACCACCUCUUCAUGCAGAGGUCUUCUUGCAAAACCCCCCCCGAAGGAGGCAAACUGCACCAAGAAAGCGGACACAACGGAGCGCUCAUUCCCUGCUAUGGUAAAGACAGCUCAGGACUGACAGACUCUGACCUGACCCCAAACUCUGACCCCUCUGGGAUGGACGGCAGCUACCUGAGUGUGAAGGAUCAAGGCGUGAAGGGCCCCUCGGACCGACCAGGCUUGGACAUGGCCGGCCCCAUGGACAAGGGCGAGGGUGAGAGCAACAAGGGCAAGAAGAGGCGUAACCGCACCACCUUCACCAGCUACCAACUGGAGGAGCUGGAGAAGGUCUUCCAGAAGACCCACUACCCAGAUGUGUACGCCCGCGAGCAGCUGGCCCUCCGGACUGACCUGACUGAGGCCCGGGUACAGGUGUGGUUCCAGAAUCGCCGAGCCAAAUGGAGGAAGAGGGAGCGUUUUGGUCAGAUGCAGCAGGUUAGAACACACUUCUCCACGGCGUACGAGCUACCUCUUCUAGCCAGACCUGAGAACUAUGCACAGAUACAGAACCCAUCAUGGAUUGGUGGCGGCAGCGGAGCAUCUCCUGUACCAGGCUGUGUAGUGCCCUGUGACUCAGUCACAUCCUGUAUGACCCCUCACCCUCACUCCGGCAGCGGCGUAUCUGACUUCCUGGGCGUCCCGAACCCUGGGGGUCACAUGGGACAGACACACAUGGGCAGCCUGUUUGGGGGUCCUGGCAUGGGGUCAGGGAUCAACGGGUACGAUCUGAACAGCAUGGACCCAGACCGCAAGUCCUCCAGCAUCGCCGCCUUGCGUAUGAAGGCCAAGGAGCACAGUGCAGCCAUCUCCUGGGCAACAUGAUGCCUCAACAGCAGCAGGACAGGGGCCUCUGGGAACCCCACCACGUCCAAUCCAAGCCAAAGCAGAGGGGGGGGGGGCCAGUCUGUGCUACUAUAACAGAAAUAUUGAUAAUCUAAAAUAAUAAUGAUGAUAAAAGCCAUAGCAAAUUGCUGAAGAGGAGAGAAAAGAGACUAACAAAUCUGGACAGUGCACUUCUUUAUUUUGUGUCUCUGAUGGGAGAGACCAGUGGACAUCUGAGAAGAACAACAGUCAUUCAGUCAGUCAGUCAGUCAGUCAGUCAGUCAGGUAGUUAAAGCAUGAGGUGAGAGGCAGGAAAUCAAGAAUCAGACCUAUCCUUAAAGAGACAAAUGAAUUGGUUGCUUGUUGGAAACAAUGUGCUGGUUAUACAGUAGCUAUAAACUAAAACACAACAAAAAUGACAAAAAAGCGGAAUAUAUUUGAACCAAUCCCUGCACUUAUUCAGUUAAUACAGGUAAUGCUGUUUGUACAGAUAUUGAGAUGCGUCUGCUAACACACCUGCUAGUGAGAGUCAACAUAGCUUUUUCUGUUCAGGUGUUAUUAUACUUUCUUGUUUUCUGGUA